AUGUAAUAAAAAUAAUAAUGAGCGAACCUGAGAGUAAUACCAAACCAUCUGGACUCAAGCACAGGAAGAAUACUCUUCCUAGAGGCAGAAGCAGUAGUCUUCGUCCCAGCCAGACUAAUUUCUCUCAGCUCGACUCUGAAUAUGAAUUUAAAGUGGAUGAGGACGGGCUCACUAGCACCUCAAUGAAGAGUUUAUCCAGAAGCAGCAGGAAGAAGAAAAGUAUUAGAAAAAGAAGCAAGAAAGACGCACUGGACUUCAGAGGAUGGUUGAUCGACCUUAUCUUUUCUCUAUUCUGGACUAUUAUCAACCCAAUCAAAUUGUUCGUACUUAGCUGUCACAUAGCGAUCAUUUUGCUGGUUGUCCUCUAUUUUAUCAAUAAAUAUCUUAUUAUGAUCACAGUGAGGAUUCUAACCUUUAAUUUGUUGUGAAAGAAAGACAAUACUAGACUUGUUCAACAACAGUGUGGGACCUAGAGACUCCAGAAAUUGUUAAUGG